AUGUCCAUCUCAUUUAAAUCCAAAUCAGGACGUCCAUACAGAAUUUGGAUGAACUACGUCCUCCUCCACUACGCCGACGAUGACGAAGAAGAGGAAGAAGAGGAGGAGGAAGAAGAAGAGUCCUCCGAAUUCACACCAGAAGACUAA